CGGGACGAGCUGGUCGCGGCACGAAUUACAAUUGCUUUUUAGCUGCCUCAAUUUAAACCCGAGAGAAAUAUUUACGCAAAUUCAAGUUUGUGAAAUGUGUUUCAUACAUGGGCGUGACAAGUGCGUCGUAUCAUCCGCUUCGCGAUGAUUUAAGUCAGAUUUAUUAUCAGAUUACGUGCAUAUAUAUGAAAUUCGUCGAGGCCGCGCGCGUCCUCUUCGAGCCCUGCAAUGAAAAUCCACUAGAACGCUCGCCGCUCGAUUGGUCCGAUGACCGCAGGUGACCGUCGCGGACGUGUCCAGACUGUCCAAUCGUCGCGACGUCGCGCUCAGCUGAUUCUCCACGGCCAAGACGCAUGCGUGCGCCGACUAGACGCCCGGCGCUCUAGAGGCACGUGAACGCGCAUGUAAACAUGACGGUCGAGUACGGCGAUCGCUCGACCGUCGGCGAAGACUCACCGUUGUGUCUAUGGACUUCCUGAGGUCGGCGUGAGAGAAAGAGAGAGGAUCCGAUGCCGCUCGGCAGCAAGCCGGAAUGCGUCAAGUGCGGGACCCGUGAGACCCCUCUGUGGCACUCGACCGAGACCGGUAACUUGUGCAACGCCUGCCUGGAGGACGAGCGGAAUGUCGAGGCGAGCGGGUCCUCCAGGGCGGACGAGGAGGACAAGAGUGGCUCGCUGAAGCCCAGAAGGAGCACGCGAAUCACGAGGUAUUGCAACUCGAAGGUGACCGGCCCGCACAGAGUGGUGCCCAAGGGAAAGGGUCGCAGGAACUUGUUCAAGAAAACGCCAGUCAAGGCGCCUACGGCCACUGCGACUCCGAUCACCAGCAACUUUGUGUUUUACAAGGGCACAUAUUUUCAAGUUGGAGACGUGGUUUCCCUGCAAGACAUAGAUGGUGGCAUUUAUUACGCCCAGAUACGUGGCUUGUUAACAGACCAAUAUUGUGAAAAGAGCGCCGCCAUUACCUGGCUAUUACCUACCACAGCAAGCCCUCCACCUGAAGAAGGCUUCAUUCCUGAGACGUAUAUAAUUGGGCCAGAGGAAGAGUUACCUCGUAAAUUAGAAUAUAUGGAAUUUGUAAUGCAUGCUCCAUCGGACUAUUUUAAGUUAAAAAACAGUCCGUACCCACCUGCACUCACAGAAAAGGGAGCAGGUUACAUAUGGACUACUGUUAGAAAUGAAUUGGCCGUUUCUAAAAAAUGAUAAUUCUUCACUGAAAAUGUAUCAUUAAUAUCUAAGUUAACAAUAGUAAGAUAAUGUCUAUAUGCACAUCACUUUUUAUGGCUUUUUAAUAUUUUUUAAUCGUAUUAUUUUAAUAAAGAAUGUUAAUUAGACUGUUAAAUUAUGAAUGUAUAGAAACUUGAUAUAACGAAAAUAUGACGUACAUUGAGUAUAUAUUACCGUAUAAUGUAGAAAUCUUGCAGAAAACAAUAUACACGUUUACAAUAA